AUGGAUCAAAUUGUUUCAGGGGAAGAAGAAGAUCUUCUUGAUGUAGACAUUGAAGAUGGUAGAUUCAACCAAGAAGAGAUCACGACGAAUCUCCUUUCGUCAGAAGAGAAACCAGAGGAUGUUCUGAAUCAAGUUUGGAGUGGACGUUUGAGUUUCGAUGGCUCUGAAAAGACUGAUGAUGAGCCGUUACUGGGAGAUAACGGAACGCGGAGAGAAAGAAGCAGUCAAAGUCUGGACCUUUCGGAUGUGAAGUUCGAUAACGUUAAGGUUAAGAAGACGAGGAAGCCUUCUUCAAAGCCUCCGAGACCUCCGAAAGGUCCGGCAUUGACUGCAAAUGACCAGAAGCUGAUGAGGGAAAUCGCUGAGCUCGCUAUGAGGAAGCGUGCUAGGAUUGAAAGGAUGAAAACGUUGCGAAGAAUGAAAGCAGCCAAGUCUUCGUCUCCUUGUAGUAGCGUUCUCGCCAUGAUAGUGACUGUUAUCUUCUUCGUCUUCCUCAUCUUUCAAGGGUUAUUCCGAAGCAAUGCAAGUUUGAGUUCUGACAAUUCUCCUGCACCAGUUGUUUCAUCCAAUAACAACCGUAUGGUCUCUGUUCAGUUCUACAAUGAGUUUGCUCCUCGUGAGAGAAUCGAUGCCAGCCCAUCUACGUCUUUCAGGUAUAAGAGAGUUUCUGGUGCUGACAAUGAAGAAAACACAAGAGAAGUUACUUAG